AUGACUUCUCUUCCUCUUCUUCUGCUCCUUGUCCUCUCUGUUUCUUUGCAUGCAUGCACCCCUCGUCCUCUUACUGAAAAAGACACUGCACACUACCAUUUUGAUAAGGGAUUAGAAAAAUUGUUGGUGUUAACUACAUCAAGUGUGAAGGAUUACACCCAAGAAGAGCAUCAAGUGCAGGAACAGAAAGUCACAGAGAAUGAACUUAACAUGUGUGAGCAUUGUAGCAGUGCAUCAAACUCAAAAGAAAUGAACUUAGGGGCAGCUUCAGGGAGAUCUUUUCCAACAGAUUCGCCAUCCUCUCUUAUUGCCGAGAAAGCGAUGAGACAUAUGGUUGUGUUGGAUGAGAGGAUGCAUGGCCGGUCAAUGCUGGGACCUGCAAGACACCAUGUUGAAGAAAUAGUGGUUACAAACGACAGUGAUAAUGGAGAGGACAUUGUGGAGAUGGAUUAUGCGAACCCUCACAGAAAACCACCCAUUCACAAUGAAAAGCCUUGAUUUCAUGCUUCAUUCAACAUAAAUACAAUGUUUUAGCCUUCUGGAUAAUGUAUCAUGUAUGGUAACAUUGAGUUCUUUUGUCAAAAUUUGUAGACUUGUAAACCUUAAGAUAUCAAGGCACAUGCACAUGUAUAAGUAUUGGACUAUUAAUAGUUGG